GUUUAGUUAAUCAAACAUUUAAACGUUGAUUAACAAUGUGGCUCUCAAAUGUUUUCUUAAUUUCAGUGUGUAUUUUACCAACUACAGCUACAGAUAAAAAUUACUACAACUUUGAAGGAAGAGAAGGAACCAGUGCAUCAUUGAAUUGUGAUGGAGAAGCAGAAUACCCAGGAAAUCCAUAUAUUGUUAUAGAUGAAGUAAAAUACACGUUAGAGUCCUUUAAUGAUUGUCUACACAAUUAUACAUAUGGUGUCAAGAACAAAUGUGACAAUGAAACAACUUGUGAUUUUACAAUAUCAAAUGAGUUAGUUGGAAGUUCUUGUGGCACUGAAGGAAAUGCAUGGUUAACUGUGCGCUAUCAUUGUGUCCGUAAGUUUAACACACUUUUUAUUAUGGAGAUGGAGGCUGGUCAUCUUGGAGUUCCUAUGGUGGCUGUUCUAGAAAUUGUGGUGGUGGCUACAAGACUCGGACACGAACUUGCACUAAUCCAGCACCAAAUGGUUUCAGCAAAAAUCUAG